GGCAGUUCUUCUCCAGUUCGCACUUUUGCUUGUCGAAAGUCUAGUUCGUCCCAAUGGCUGGCUCUGUUGAUCAAUUGUCGAUCAGAUCCGACGGUGGGCAAAAUGCGGUGGAUACUAACGCGCCCUCCAUCCUGGGUAUCUCGAGCACUUUGAUGGCCUUGUCUUUCAUUGUCGUGGCCGCAAGAUGCUAUGUCAGAUUGGUGAUGCUCAAGUCGUUCAGCAUAGAUGAUGCAGUCAUGCUUGUCGCACUCGUUAUGGCCAUCCUGUCGAUGGUCUGCUUUAUUCAGAUGGUUCAUUACGGUGCUGGUAGACUCGAAGGUGACAUUCCGGCUGAUUGGUGGUCUGGCUUGAACUUUUGGUCGUACAUUAUUGGACCAUUCUCAACAACCGGUAUCAGCUCUGUCAAGAUUUCCGUGGCCUUCUUCCUUCGACGAUUCAUGCAGGUGAAAUGGGCGUCGCGUCUCAUCACGGGGAUGGGCAUUUUCUGCCUCGUGUUCUUGAUAUACUCUAUCAUCACGUUCAUGGUGGCCUGUGUUCCGUUGUCCACGUUCUGGGAUCCUCAACCAGGAGCGAAGUGCUGGAGUGGCGAUGCAUUGUCACUCAUUGGUACUAUCAAUGGCGUUGUCAAUGUCACACAAGAUUUGUUUUUCGUCAUUGUCCCGAUUCCUGUAGUUCUAAGGCUUCAAGUCAAUCGCAGGACCAAGGGAACAUUGAUUGCAAUCCUCAGUCUUGGGUUAUUCGCUUGCGUUGCGUCUGUCGUAAGAAUGGUGUACGCCUACCACCGGUCAGAUCCUGGGUAUACAAGGACCUUCAAUUUCAUCGUCUGGUUCAACAUCGAACUGCACGCUGGAAUUCUUGCGGCGUCUUUGCCAACCCUCCGACCUCUGUUCGCAACGAUCCUGAAGAACACGUCACGGCUUCGAACAUACGGUUACAAGUCUGGAACCCGUUAUGGCACUCAAUCUGCGCACAUACGGUCGGGAUACCAAAAGCAGGAUGACGUACCGAUCCAUCUGCGAGAGGUUAACGAGCAAGGUAACUACAAGGCCACGAUCGCUACUUCGAGGGCCAAAAGCCUUGAAGAUGAUGGCAGCGAGGAUGGAAUCCUUCCUAUCAUGAACGGGAUAAACAAGCGAACUGAGAUUACCAUCCAGGCAGCUUGAGUUUUGUAGCACACUUGGCGCAUGUAUUAUUUUGGAUACCCCAGGAAACACGGAUUUCUUUGAAUGACAAAAGGUUCGGAUGAAAAGUUCAGGAAC